AUGAAGAGAUCAUUAUCUAUACUCGGUUUGCUUCUCGGAUUUCAUGUGACUGAUUUUCUUUCAAAUAGAUUCAUUCUUAAACAGAAAAAAAGAUUAAAUUUCAUAGAUAAAAUUGUGCUACCAUUAUGUACAAAUGAUACAAGCAAUUAUAUCUAUCUAUCUAUCUAUCUAUCUAUCUAUCUAUCUAUCUAUCUAUCUAUGUGUCUAUUAUUCUUCACUAACCUGAAUCCCCAUUGGGAGCGUCCCGUUUCUCGUCUUCAUCCUCCGAUCCCACAAUCACAGCCUCUAGAAUGUACUACUUUUUUUUUCACGAGGGACGACCGGCUGCCAAUUCCGGUUGCUGAAACACUUGUCAUAUUGUCCGAACCGACGUCACUUCCAUUUCCAAUUUCGGUUGGUGUGCUUCCACUACUGACUGCAUUCUUGGGACUUGAUUCAUGUGGGGUCAGUCCCGAAGAACUUUGUUUAAGUAUUCCUUGUGGCAAAUCCAUCGACCAUGAUCCGUUUCCAAGUUGA